AUGUUUCUGAACGGCUAUAAAAGUGCAUCUUCACCGGCUGUGAUGGGAACCGUGUCCACGGCAGUGGGCUCACAGCGGACUCCCACAGCAGAACAUAACUGCAAUUUAUAUGUUCAAAGUUGUCCUGAAGAAGUAAUUCUCUUCCUAUGUUUAACGUUAAACAUCACCCAACGCAGUGAACUAAAAGUGUUGUUUGUGUCACUGUUUCAACCCCCAGCUAAGCCGUUAAAGAACACUCAUCGUCACCAUAAAAUCCCAAGGUGUGCCCAAAGGACCAUUCAGAAAAGAAAGCGCUUGUUCUCGGGGCAGGCUGCAAACCCUUCGGAGCAUCAGGGGUGUAAGGAGACAGACCAGCCCAGUAACCUGGCAGAUACAACCGAGCCUCUGCAGAAGAGACCAAGAACAGAGAGAAGUCCAGAGGAACCUGCUAACCAACCUAUUAUAUGUCUUUCCAAAUCACAUUGGACGAAGGCGUAUUUGGAAGGAGAACUGCUGGGUGCAGGAGGAUUUGGUUGUGUGUUUGCUGGGAUACGGAAAGAAGACGGAUUGUCAGUUGCAAUCAAGUUUGUCUCCAAGACAAUGCCCUAUGAAAAACUGCAGCUUACAGGAUAUGGAUGGCUCCCCACUGAGAUAGCGCUGAUGGUCCUUGCAAACUUCAAACCUUGCUCAAGAAUCCUCAAGAUUCUGGACUGGUUCGAAGAGCCAAAACACUAUGUUGUCAUUCUGGAACGGCCUGAACCAUGUCUGGACCUCCAUGAAUUCUCCAGCAAGCAAGGUGGAUGUUUGACUGAGGUCGUGGCUCGCCAUGUGAUGUUUCAGCUGAUGGAGGCGCUGACACAUUGUAAGAGCCAGGGGAUACUGCACCGUGAUGUCAAGCCAGAAAACAUCCUUAUUCAGACAGGCACAUGGCAGGUCAAGCUGUUUGACUUCGGUUGCGGAGACCUCGUCAAAGACUAUUACAAUGACUUCGCAGGCACAUCUGAAUAUGCCCCUCCUGAGUGGUUCAUCCAGGGGCAGUAUCGGGCAGACCCAGCUACCGUCUGGUCUGUGGGAGUGACACUGUACAGGCUGGUGUGUGGCUGUCUGCCUUUCAGGACCACUGAGGAAACAAAAAUUGGCUAUUUGUUCUUCCCUGAAAGUCUGUCUCAAGGCAAGAAAGUAGAAAGACUGAUAAGCUAUGGACUAAUUAAUAGCAGACUGAACUAUACCUUAUACACAGACUUGAGCAGAGAAAGAAGUGUUCAUUUAUUUUAAUGUAUUAUAUUUUAUGACUAUGUAUUAAUUAGUCAAUAUGAUAAAAUUGACAGGAAAUGUGUAGAGUUACAAGUGUGAGGAAUUUCUAAUGUACUCUACAGCAUUUUCUUUAAUGGAUUAUUUAUAAUAAAGCAGGUUCUUUACGGGGUUAAGUAUUAGAUUCUUCUUUCUAUGUCUUAUUGAUUCAUGUACCUGGGUAUUGUGUAACAGAGUGCAGCGAUCUGAUCCGUUGGUGUCUGAGACCCAAUGAAGAAGACAGACCCAGCCUGGAGGAAAUAGAGUUUCACCAAUGGUUUUACUAACCAGAUUUCUGAAGGGCCAGUGUACAGGAGACAGGGACCACUGCACUAACCUCCUCUUAAAAAAUUGUAAUAUAUCUGAACUUUUGUUAAGAAUUGUACAGAACUUUUGUACAGAAUUUCUAAUUAAUUAUAUAACUGUAAAUACAUCUGUAUAUAAUUAGUUUUUUAAUUUUUCAUUAUCUCAUUAUUUUUGUGCUUUUUUUAAUAAAAGAAUAUUUUUUGUUAUCAUGGAUAAGUGUGUAGGAAGGUCAGGGCAAAAUGAGAGCAUUACUAUUGCUUCCGUAAGAAAUGACUUGAUAUGUCACUCCCAAAUAUUUGUUAGAAACAGCAAAAAUGAAAAAUAAAAACAAACAUGACAUGAUUGCUGGUGGUGCACAGUAUAUAAUUAGCUUGUUUCUUUUCCUGUUACUUUAGCUUUCUUUGCAGAGCAGACAAUCCUGCACACUAACAAAGAUUUCCCAACCAAUCCUUCCUCCACAAUUUCUUCAGUUCACAUAAAGGAUUUCUUUCUAUUUAAAACAUUUUUUAUGAAAGAAAUUUUUCAUCUAUUUUUCAUCUAUUAACCAUCUAACUGUACAGGGGUAAUUACUUUCCAACAUUCAUUAUCAUGGCUGUGAUUGGCAUAAUGCACCAGAAUUUUUAUAAAGAAAUGUUCAUCUGAGA